AUGUCCCAUGUUCAGAAUUGGACGUCUCUUCGUGUUAUCGACCCGUCUUCUCCCCCUGUCUUCCAAACACCGAUCAAACGCAUUCAUCAGACGGAUGAUGUGCGCAGAUUCCUUGUCAGCGAAGCCUAUCGCGAUAUCGGCAUAUUUAUUCUCCAGCUCAAUCACGCCCUUUGCCCUCGACAACCAAAUGGCGAUUCAGUUCCGUCUGUAUUUCCCUUGAGUUCUAGAUCUACCACGACGGCCUCUAUCCAAUCGUGUCAAGCGCUACUAUCUCGCAUCCACAAGCUCAUAGGCAACGCACCACCAGAUCCUGGGUCUCAAAGAUUUGGAAACGUGAGCUUCCGUAAAUGGUUUCAGCUAUUGAAUAACGAACUGGACGAUUUUCUCGAUCAUGGGUUGCUCGGAGAAACUCUACGAAUAGGCAAUGGGCAUGCCAAAAACGAAGUAGCAAGCUACUUACUCGGAGCGUUUGGCAGCCCACAGCGCCUAGACUAUGGGACCGGUCAUGAGCUCAACUUUAUUGCUUUCAUUGGCUGUCUAUGGAAGCUAGGGCAUUUUAAGGACGGCAUACAAGGUGGUGAUAUUGAGAGGGAGAUUGUGCUCUUGGUCAUCAAACCGUAUCUCGACAUUGUAAGGCAGCUCAUAACGACAUACACUCUUGAGCCAGCAGGAUCCCAUGGUGUAUGGGGUCUAGAUGACCAUUCGUUUAUUCCAUAUAUUUUCGGAUCUGCGCAGCUUACUCGCCCAAUUAGCAGCGAGCUUGAUCCGAUGCCCAUUGAAGGCUCUGUACGGGGCGCACCAAAACCAAGCGAUGUUACCAACCCAGGCAUUGUUGAAGACUUGAGGCAAACCAAUAUGUACUUCUCAGCCGUUGCGUUCAUCAAUGACGUAAAAAAGGGGCCAUUCUGGGAGCACAGUCCCAUGCUAUUUGAUAUUUCCGGCAUAAAAGACGGAUGGGGGAAAAUUAAUAAAGGUAUGAUCAAGAUGUUCAAUGCUGAGGUUUUGUCAAAAUUCCCAGUCAUUCAGCAUUUCCCAUUCGGUUCGCUUUUCGCCUGGGAUGAGAAUAGGCAGGCUCUGGACCAAGAUCUUCGCAGAGACAACAGGACCACAUAA